AUGGAUAAUAUUAACUUUGCCUCAGCUAACUCUACUUCCGAUAACCUUGAUCCUUAUGUUUUAUCUUCAACUAAGGAAGAAAUGGACACUAGAAAAGGUAACUUUAGCAUUGUUACGAAAAAUAAGAAAAAGGAAUUCCCUAAAGUAUUUUUCAUAGAUCUGGAAGAUUAUCGAAAAAAUGGCGCAGAAGAGCAGAGUUGCAAAGGAAGUUUACGAGCAAUUUCUUCUGCCAUACAAGUAAGUCUCAAGGUUUGGCUUUCGCCUCCUUUUAUGCAUGACAUGAUGUUGAUGGGAACCGAUUGUCCACAACCAAUGACUGUGAGUGUGAACGGAGCCACGAUCUCCAUAGAAACCCCAGAGGAUGCUCUCUUUGCUGCAACCGCAUACACAGGAGAUUUAUCUUUCAAAGUUGAAGAAAAGGAUAAUAUUGACGGUCUUAAAGAGAAAAUUAGGGCAAAAAGAGGUUACUUAUUUUAUGAACAAGACAAGUUCACGAUAUGGAAAAUAAAUCUUCCUAAAAAGGAAUAUCCAAAGCUAGUAGGGACUGUUAGAAGCUAUGUACCAUUUGUCUUGGGUAUUAAAGAAGUGCUAGGCGGUAAAGAAUUAAGCAGUUCUAAAGAGGAAAUAAAACAAAUUUUCCCUAAUGGGUUAGACGAAGACUUUUUUCAUAUUGCAGUUCAGAUCCAGCCAGUACCUAAUGAUGUGUUCACGUGGGAACAAUUAGGUUGUCCUCCAGAAAAGGGAUAUCGACAGUUAAAUGAGUUCCACAUAGACCACGGCUUGUUACUUGAGGUAGUUCUUAAUGGGCGCCCAAGGGAGGGUAAACCAGUUCUUGUAGGUUCUCGUCCUCCAAGUAAUGAAAAAUUAUGGGAUUUUAUCAGAGAGAAGGACUAUGAAGUUAAUACACUUGAGAGAAAUGCAAAAAAUCGUGAAAAAGGGGUAGAUCCUACGUUAGGAGAAGCCAUUUAUAACAGCCACUGGAAAUGGGGGAUGGCUAAAGCGGAGUAG